AUUUGGAGCAGUAAAUGAAAUUCGAAAGACAUAUAUAAAUUCCGAUCAAGUAAAGAUGCAAAAUAUUUUUAUUUUAUUUUGGGAUAAAGUGGGAGCUCAGGUUUUCAUGUUUUUCAACCUUAGUGCACAAAUGCGUAGCUAGUCGCGUCCAAUCGGUGACGUUCGGUAAAUGGAGCUGACAAGCAAGAACACUUGGCAGAGAACAGUUUAUUUGGCUGUGCAGAUGAGGUGUAUUUAUAGGGAGCCUUGAGUCAACGAGCUUUUUACUCGUGGAGACUGGGGGCUUCGCGGCGGGACGCAGGACUAGGGGCAUUUGAUCAAAAUAUUGGCUUCAUAUAUGCGGCAGUGAGAGAGAAAAAUAUAUAAGCAUGGACGUGUUGGGAGUUCUAAAUUUGGGCGAAUUUGCCCAAUAUUUCUCAAAAAUGGCAAUGUUUCCUGUUUUUGAUGUUGCUUAUUACAUCGUGUCCAUACUGUACCUCAAGUAUGAACCAGGGUCGGUGGAGGUGUCCCGCCGAAGUCCUGUGGCCUCUUGGCUCUGUGCCAUGCUCUACUGCUUUGGGAGCUACAUUCUAGCAGACAUCAUGCUUGGAGAUUCUCCCCUUGACUACUUCCACAACAACAGUCACGUCCUUCUGGCCACGGCUGUCUGGUACCUCAUCUUUUUCUGCCCACUCAACCUGUUCUACAAAUGUGUGGCGUUCAUGCCAGUUAAGCUGGUGCUGGUGGCUAUGAAGGAGGUGGUCCGCACUCGGAAAAUUGCUGCCGGCGUGCACCAUGCCCAUCAUGCCUAUCACCAUGGCUGGUUCAUCAUGGUCAUCACUGGUUAUGUCAAAGGCUCUGGAGUGGCUCUGAUGUCCAAUUUUGAGCAGCUGCUGCGUGGAGUGUGGAGACCCGAGAGCAAUGAAAUUCUGAAUAUGUCAUUCCCAACUAAAGCAAGUCUGUAUGGAGCCAUAUUGUUCACCCUCCAAGAAUCACACUGGCUGCCUGUCUCCAAGAGUGUCCUCAUCUGCCUCUUUACUUUGUUCAUGGCCACUUCCAAGGUGGUCAUGACUGCCCGUCACUCUCACGGCUCUCCCUUCGCCCUUGUGGAAUCUUGGGUAUGCCACUUGCUGUUUUUCUCCCCGCUUGGGGGCGCUGAGGAUGCCCACGACCAUCACCACUCUGCCCCCGCCGCCGCUCCCGCGUCUCCAGCAAAAACCAAGGAGGAGCUGAACGAAGGUACCCGCAAGAGGAAGGCCAAGAAAGCGGAGUAGACGACAGGUCACGCCGACGGCUUGAGAAAACGUCCUCACCACCACCACAAACAACGACAAACCACAGCAACAUACAGCAUCCAGUCACCCUCCUAGAGCCAGCGACCUGCACUGAACGUGGUGCCAUUUUGCGAGAGCAAGUGGACUUUCCCAUUCCUUCAUAAGGGAGGAGGGGCAGUUUGGGCUUUACUCUGUGAAGCGCUUUCACUUUGAGCAAAUGAUGCUUUUUUCAUUAAUAAUAUCCAAUAUUAAAAUGCUGUAAAUAGCUCACCAGCAUUUCACUGGAUGAAUGGAUGUUGAAACAGAAUGGCAGUAACCCAUUGAUUUCUAUUUAAUUAUUUAUGUAUUUAUUUUACAUAAUUGUCUCUUGAGUUCAACAAAAUGUGGCGGUCACUGUAAAUCCAUUUGGUUUGCUCAGCUUCUGUAAUUCAGCUCGCAAACAACAAGUCUUCUUAUAGAGUGAUUAAAAAUGCGUAUUAAGUAUAGAACCCAGCUGAAAGUCCAAGAAACAACCAUGAUCACAAAUGAACAUAGGGAGAAAGCACAAGACCAGUCUCCAACCUCUAGACUGUACAUGGAAGCUUCCUAGAGAACAUGAAGAUAAGGUCAAAUGUAUAUCUUAAAAAAGACAAUAAACUCAUUGCCUUUGAAGGGUUUAUACAAGUGGUUUUUAAUUCUUCAACUUACCAUUUUAUGUCAUUUAAAAUCUGUAAUUCACACUGUAUAAUAUAUAGAGGCAUCAAAACAGAAUAUUGUACAUAGUGUAAAUGUAAAUCCAUCCUGUUGGAAUUAGAACAAUACUACUGUGUACAGUUGGACUUUUAGAUACCCAUGUUUCGUUCAUAUUCCAUUAUUGAUGUAUGCUAAUUGAAUCUUUCAAAGCAUUGUCAAUUUGUGAUAUUAAAACAGGGAAAGUUAACGAUGGCAGACAAUGACCAGUAAAUCAAACGGUUCAGAUUCAGAUUCAGAUUCUUUAUUAUCCAUGGAAAGAUAUGAUCACCAGAAUCUGGGAUACAUCACGUACUAGAGGAAAACAGAUAGUAUCAAAACUGUGUGAAUGCAUCAAAGAUUAUACAUUGAGUCCAAUGCAGAUAUACAGUAGUGUGUAUCAAAAUGGUACUGUACAAGCACACACACUACUGAUAAGGACCGCUAUUGUUUCACUACCUAUAAGAACAGGUGCACUUAAUGUUAUUUUUUCAAGUUGGUGAAACGAUUUUUGGUCAGAAUCAGGGUUUUAACAUAAUCUGUAAUGUUCCUGGGGAGGGGGUAAUGUGCCUUUUCAUUUGUGUGAAAAGAUCCAAAUUGCCAAGUUUCCUAAGUUUUGCUGUGCCAACCAUGUACAAAAGAUAAUAAUCAAAAUACAGCUAGAAACAGAUGUCAUUCUUAGUAAAUUGCACAUAUGGGGUCUUUACCGUUAGUUAUUGACAUGUCUUCCUUGUCAGUAGCCAACAGACUCUUGGAAAAAACAGUUCAACAAAUCUACCAAAAAACCAUGUUUUGAUAUCUAUGUUAUUUCAACACGGUAUAUUGUGGAUAUAAAAUGUGGAUGUGUUGCACCUAUUAAGCUGUAGCGCAUCAUAUUAAUAUUUUCAAAGACGUUCUCUGUAAAGCAUGUAAAGCAAAUAGCCGUUUGUAUAGUCAUUCAUAACAAAUGGUAUUUUGAUUAGAGGCAUCUACUGCAAACCUGAUUAACCAAAAAGUGAAAGGUGUGGUUACAGUAUGCUGGAGUGUAAUGCAGCUGAACAGAAUAGAUAAUGAAUGGAGAUGAGCUGUUAGAGGAGACCACGCAUUUACUGGGCCAUAGCCACAUAGAAGGCUGGCAAGUGAUAGUUGAGAAAUGAAAAUAUUAAGUGCUGCUGGUAGCAUUGUUUGUCCUCCAUUUUAUUUAUAAAAAGCACCUUGUCGUA